AUGUGUUGUCAUCCGCAGGCGCGGUAACGCGUCCUCCUCUCCAUCACCUCCUUCCUGUUUCGGUCCAGGAGCUCAGCUUCAGGGAUGCAGCUGCAAAAAGCGGCUCUCUCAAAGGCGGUUCUGAUCUGGCAAAAGGAGUGACGAAGCAGCGGUGGUGCUGGGGGGGGCAUCAGCUGCAGGGACGUUUGCCCCCCGCCCCCACCGACCUCUGACCUCCACUGAAGAUCGAGAGAAGAGUGGCGGCGUCUUCUGCACGCCACUUCCUGUUUCCCCUGUCUGGUGUGGUUUUGAAACACCGUUGACAUCCGGGGGAGCGUUCAUGUUCACAGGAAAUUGGAGCCACAGACCGUUUCUUCAUGAAGCCGUCCCGGAACGGGCUGAAGGCUUUUGGUGUGCGCCCCCCUGAGAGAUGGUCAGACUGAGCUCCGGAGACGCCGUUUUGAUUGAAAAAGGAAACCUGGACGUGCACGGAUCAGAAGAUGACGCCGUCCUCUCCCGCCAGACUGAAGGGUGGUUACACGCUGGCCCGGCCCAUCCCCGUCCCAACGCUGACCGUCCUGCCGCCGUCCUCAGACACCGAGUCCUGGUCCCGCUCCCCCAGCCCCAGACUGUCCCGCCUCAGCCGGACUCACCGCAGCCGGACCCGCACCAGGAAGCAGGCCGCAGCGCCGGCAGAGCGCGCCCCCUCCCCGAUGGAGGUCACGGGCCAAGGUCAGGACAGCCCGUCCCAUGAGCUGCUGCUGCCGCCGCCGCGCUCCUGCUCCCGCAGCCCCUCGCCCAGCCGGCGCUCCCGGUGGUCCCUGCGGAGCCUGCUGAGCAGAGACUCCGACUGGGACAUCAGCAGCACGGCCAGCAACUCCCCCCGCAGCACCCCCGGGAGCUCCCCCUCCCUGCGGCGCCGGGUCCUGGGUGGGGGCAAGGCCAGCGAGAGCGAAGGCGGAGAGAAGAGCAGCGGAGGAGGGGGGGGCUCCGACAGCGCGCUCCCCUCCGUCCCUUCGGCGUCCUCCCUCUCGUCCGCCUACCCCAUCGCUUCCCGCCACUUUAGCCGCAAUGCCAAGAAAAUGCAGAGCUGGUACAACGUUCUCAGCCCCACCUACAAACAGAGGAACGAGGACUUCCGCAAAAUCUUCAAGAAACUUCCCGACACGGAGCGGCUCAUCGUGGACUACUCCUGCGCUCUGCAGAAGGACAUCCUGCUGCAGGGCCGCCUGUACCUGUCCGAGAACUGGCUCUGCUUCUACAGCAACAUCUUCCGCUGGGAGACCACUAUCACCAUCCAGCUGAAAGACGUGACGUCCAUCACCAAGGAGAAGACCGCCAAGCUCAUCCCCAACGCCAUCCAGAUCAGCACGGACAGCGAGAAGCACUUCUUCACGUCGUUCGGAGCGAGGGAUCGCAGCUUCAUGAUGAUCUUCCGGCUGUGGCAGAAUGCGCUGCUGGAUAAGGCUCUGUCCCCCAAAGAGCUGUGGCACAUCGUGCACCAGUGCUACGGCACCGAGCUGGGCCUCACCAGCGAGGACGACGACUACGUGUCGCCCACGUCGGAGCACAUUAACGGCCUGCUGCCCGGAGACGAGAGCGUGUCGGUGACGGACCUUCUGGACCUGAGCUCCGGUUCGGUUCCUUCUGCGGGCAGCUCCCCCCCGCUCCUGGUGCCGUGCACCCACUCCAGCCCCCCCUCGGCCGCCAGCCUGAGCGGGAGCUCCCCCCCUCCCUGCCUGCCCAUCGAGUUGCCUUCCUCCUCCUCCGGAUGUCGGCUGAGCGCCGAGCUCCCGGAACCCAGCCCCCCCAGCUUCCACGGCUCCACGCCGUCCAUCGCCCUCACCUCCGCCUCCACCACCUCCUUCACUCUGGAGGAAGGCGGAGACAGCCAGUCCGAGUCAGCCAAUCACAUGCCGGUCCCGCCCACCGCUAGUCUGGGAAACCUGUCCUCGCUGGACAUCACCAACGACGAGGAGCUGCCCACCGACCCCAGCAACUCCUCGGACACGCAGGAGGACGCUUCAGCCGAGGUGGAGUCGUUCUGCGCGGACCUGAGCGGGCGGCUGAACAUCAACGCCGUGGUGCGCAUGAGCGUGGACAAGCUGCACGACCUGCUGUUCUCUGCAGACACCCACUUCCUGCAGCACCUCUUCUCCCAGCGCCACUUCACAGACCUGUCGGUGGGCGAAUGGCAGACGGACGACGGCAGCGGGAGCAGCAGCCGAGUCCUGAGUUACACCAUCGCCCUCAACAACCCGCUGGGCCCUAAGACGGCGCCGGUGGUGGAGACGCAGACGCUGCACAAGAGCUGCUCCCGCGGCGAGUGCUACGUGGUGGACUCGGAGGUCAUCACCUCGGGCAUCCCGUACCAGGACUACUUCUACACGCUGCACAGAUACUGCCUGACCGCCGUCAACAAACACAAGAGCCGCCUCAGAGUCUCCUCGGAGAUCUGCUACCGGAAGCAGCCGUGGAGUCUGGUGAAGGCGCUGAUCGAGAAGAACACGUGGAGCGGCAUCGAGGAGUACUACAGACACGUGGAGAGCGAGGUGUGCAAGCUGGAAACGCUGCUGCAGUCGGAGGUUACCGUGGUGACCACCGGAGACGUGGUGGGCGCAGACGCUGCCAAGACUCCGCCUUCUCUGCGCCGCAGGAAGCGCACCUUAUCCCGGCGGCCGGGCGACAGGGAGGCGGGCGGCGGCGGCCCCGGGGACCGGGGGGACCGAGGGGUCGGAGAGGAACGGGACCGCAGAGAAACCGGCGGCGUGUUCACAAAGCUGGCAGAGCGCGGCGCCGGAGGACAAGGCAGCAUCUCCACCAUCCUCCUCAUCGUCAGCUUCAUGAUCUGUGUCAGCCUGCUGGUGCUGGUGGCGCUCAACAUGCUGCUCUUCUACAAGCUGUACUCGCUGGAGCGGGCCGCCCACACGCUGGAGAGGUGGCACUACGUUUGUUGGUUUUCCGAGUGUUGGUGCCUCAGAGCGGCGUGAAGCGAACAGAAGCUCCUCCUCCUUCAGUGUCUCCAGCAGGUCCAGCUUCAUCAGGAGGAUCUUCUCUGCGGCGCUGACAGACAAAAACCACAAUCUGGAUGCAGGACUUUCAUGGUUGUUCUUCAAGUCUAGACUGGUUCUGAUCCAAACCUGAACCUCAAUUCAGACCUCUUCUGUUCUGAAGAGCUUCAGUUCUUCUGCAGGUGAUACAACACCGCCACCAUGAGGUCACAGAGGAAAUAAAGCUUUUUCUGAAUGUUUUAUCUGAAAAUGA